AUGGCCACAGAACCCUUUGUGCGGGGCGACACUGCCGCUGUGGUCGACGGUCUCGAAUGGGCUGUGAGCAACAUUACGAACACUCCUGGGCGAGCUGCCAAUGCGGUUGUUUCGAUGUCCCUGGGCGGUUCUUACCCCCUUGAGCUCAACACGGCUGUGAAGAAUGCCUACAAGGCGGGAGUUCCCUCCGUCGUGGCGGCUGGAAACGGUGGUCUACCGGCCAAACUCUUCUCGCCAGCGUCCGAAUCAACGGCCAUUACCGUAGCCGCCAUCGACAUCAGUCUGCGAAAGCCAGGGUUUUCCAAUUUUGGAGCGUCGGUGGACAUCUUCGCCGCCGGAGUCAACGUCGAGAGCGCGUACAUUGGCGCCCCAGACGCAUCUGCCACUCUGAACGGCACAAGUAUGGCCGCAUCUUACAUUGCUGGUCUCAUUUUCUACCUCAAGCGGCUAGAGUUUGGCGGUUACGCCAACGUCUCGACCAUCGAUACCAUACUUGACAAAGAAAACUUUACCCUCGAGGAGUUGCUUGACGAAAGCGAUCUGAUUCAGGAGCUCAAGCAGCCCAACUCAAAGCUCAUCGAGUACCUGCGUGAGGAGAAGGUCCUCGAGAAACUGCUCGACUAUGCUGUAGCCCCUCGACUCGAAGUCUUCGAGACUACAGAUGAUCAGGAUGACGAAUCCGGCAAAGGCAAGAACCGCCUCCUGUCCUUCUCGCGGCCCCGCGCAUCGUCGCGCACGACUGACGCAACCGAGAACGAGGACGACGAGGCGGACAAGAAGCGUAAUCGCUAUGCUUUCGUCUCGUGUGAAAUUCUGUCCUCGGAUACCUGGUCCAUCUAUGAAGCUUUGACGGAAAACCGCGAACUCAUCCGCAAUUUUUGGAACUUCCUUCAGCGGGAAUCGCCUCUCGAUCCCUUGCAAGCGAGUUACUUCACCAAGAUUAACGAAUCGCUUUUCGAGAAAAAGACAGACGAGAUGAUGGACCUGCUUCGCAGCCUGCCUGAUCCCGUCGGUGACUUGCUGAAACACGUCGAAUGUCCCAUGGUUAUGGACCUUCUGCUCAAGAUCAUCGCCUUGGACCGUAACGAAGGCGGGCAAGGCGUUGUUGAGUGGCUUUACUCGAAGAACAUCAUUCCGACUUUACUGUCUUUCCUUAGCCCAGAGCACAGCUGGGUCGUCCAGACGGCUGCUGGAGACUUCAUCAAGGCAAUUAUCACCAUCUCGGCCAACGCUUCCCAAAACGAACAGCAGUGUAUUGGUCCUAACGAGCUUACUCGCCAAUUGGUCUCCCGAGAAUGUGUAGAACGAUUGGUUGGCUACAUGCUUGGUGGGGGCAAUGCCCUUACCGUCGGCGUAGGCAUCAUUAUCGAAGUCAUCCGCAAGAACAACUCCGACUACGAUCCUGACGUUGGCGCUGGCAACAGCGCGACGCCCUCGGCGCACGAUCCAAUCUAUUUGGGCACUUUGCUCCGCAUGUUCGCCGAAAAUGUUCCCAGCUUCAUGGAUCUCGUGUUGGGCAGUUCGGCUGAGAAAGAGCGGGCUGACUCGACCUUUGGCCAGAGACUAGAGCCCCUGGGCUUUGACCGCUUCAAAACCUGCGAACUCAUGGCGGAGCUUCUGCACUGCAGCAACAUGGGACUGCUCAACGAAGUUGGCUCGGAGCAGCUCAUUGCGGCACGCGAUGCCGAACGACAGCGCAUGCGUGACGACGGAAAGCUUAACCCGACCAAAGACGAAGACGUUUCUACGGACGACCUCACAAUGCGCUCAACGCAGACUGGUCAAGAGGAGAUCCGCCGUCUAGAGGUGACCAAUGCAGACGAUGAUGGUUUCGAGGAGGUGGAGCCCAGCAAGGAAAUGAGCGAAGAUACGUCGCACGAGUUCGUCAAAGCCGAGGCCGAGACCUCUCCUAGCCAGCAGACAUCUCUGCUUGGCAAGGAUGAAGACGACUUCGUGGACGAGCCGUUAAGCCCCUCAGCGCCGCCUUCGGGUGCCAACAAGCCUCAACUCGAAGACCCUGAGCUAGUCGUUGCUCCCCUUUCCCCUACAAAGGGGCCAGCUGCACAGCCCGACUUGACAGAUGGCGCAUCGGACUCAACCCCGCUUUCGGCAAAUGAAGCUAGUGAAACCAGUGAAAAGGAUGCCGCCAACCCUGACGGAAAGAACCAAAUCAGCCUUACUUCAGAAAGCCCACCGGACGAGGGCGGUUUGGCGCUGCCUGUAACUGGACCCGCUGGAGGCUCAAGCAAGGCACCGGCUCCGAGCGAGGGUCCGUUGUCGCCCCAUCCGGAAGAUACUCCAGCACCGCUAUUCUCCGCGGCUUCGGCGCCUGGAUCUGGUGCCGUGAAGCCACCACAGACUACUGGCAAGACUACUGAAGAUACGCAGAAUGAUCAGUCGGCUACGCUACCAGUCGACGAACAGGACGAAAAAACGGCCCCGGCAUCCACUGAGCCCGUGGUGGGAGACUUCCUGAAAAUGCAAUUUGUGGACCACAACGUGGUUCCCACGAUCUUGUCAUUUUUCUUCUCGUAUCCUUGGAACAAUUUCCUACACAACGUAGUUUACGACAUUGUGCAACAAGUUUUCAACGGACCCAUGGACCGUGGUUGCAAUCCCACGCUCGCCAUAUCACUGUUUGAGGCUGCUGACAUUACAGCCGCCAUUAUCAAGGGCCAGCAGGCCAGUGACGAGUCCCACGCCAAGACGAAGACUCGCAUGGGCUACAUGGGUCAUUUGACUCUGAUCGCCGAGGAGGUUGUCAAGUUCACCGAGCGUCACCCACCUGAGCUGCUCUCGGAAACCGUCCUGAACAAGGUCAUGAGCGAGGAGUGGAUCAACUACGUUGAGGGUGCCCUCGCCGAAACGCGCGAGAGAGAUAACGCUAUACUUGGAGGUGUACGUCCUGAAGUUGCUCUGGGUCACCGAGGUAGUCUAAGCGGUGCUGGUGGUCUAGGUGGUAUUGGCCUCUCGGGCCUAACCGGCAACACGUCUAGCGGCCAGUCCAAUGCCUUGUCUGAUGCAGGACUGAACGGAGGCAUCGAGCUCAACAGCGACGGCGGCGGCAACGGCAUCGGCCCAUUCGCCAUAAGCGCCGGCACCUUGAUGUCCGGCUUCGGCAGCAGCAGCGACGAGGAUGACGAAGAAGGCGAUGUUGACGAGGAGGAUAUCAAUUCCGAG